UCCGCUCACACGCGCUAGGAAUGGCAUUGCUACCAGAUCAAACAACAACACCGUCUAUGGGAACAUUCACAAAGACAGCAACAAGCUUAUUUACAAAUGUUCUGCUGCACAUUAGGGCAUAGCAAGUUGAGAGAACCUGUUCCGGAGACACCUCACACAAACAACAGCACAUAGAGCACCUGUCAAGAGGAGAGGGUUUCAGUCCUUCAAAGAAAGAUAAGAAAACAUCACACUUCAAUUGUUGGAGACAAACUGAACGCUUCAGCGUUAUUUGGAAGUUUUUUAAAGCGAAUUUUUCACACUAGCCUAUCAACACAUCUAGGCAUCCUUACAAAUAGCAUCGGUCCUGUUUUGGAAGUGACGCUGUGCCAACAGUAGUGGAGGGCAUAAAAUACUUUAACUUUUUGCAAUCCUCUAAUCUAGGUUUAACGAUUUGGUCAGCGACCUACUGCCAACUUCUGUAUUGCCUAUAAUGUAAGUGCAAAUAGUUAUCCAUUUCAAAACUUGAUCUUGCAUGGUUUUGUUCGUAAUAACACGUGGAUUGGAAUGAUGCUGUGCGCACGGAGGAUGCAAACCGGUCGGAGAUUGUGGCUUUAAGCCUUUUAUUUUUCUAAUCGUCUAAGCAUCUUAAAGAGAUAACAUUUCAGUAAAUUCAAAAUAAGGUUAUUGGUGAGCUUUUUAUGACAAGAAACCGGUUCCAAAGAAGCGCCUGAAAUGUGUUAAUCUGUUUAACUUUUUAAGUAAAAGUUCCUGACCGCCUGUCACUUCUUAUAUUUAAACUUCUAGAUCACCAGUCAUCAAUAACCCUAAUCAAUGUUCCACUUUUACAUAGAGAACAUGCUAAAGUAAAUUAAUAUAUCUUAUUUCUGAAUAGUUCAGUAACAUAAGGCUAGACUUUACAAUAUUUUACGCAAGAAUUACGCGUAAUGCUGCAAUAGCCUAUUUGGCACAACAUAUUCGAAAUUUUAUCAUUCUAGAUAAAGAACAAUAUUCACUGAUCUCCACUGUCUCCAACUACAAAUCCGUGCGUAGAGGACGCGUUUCCUGCCCCGCACAUCACCGGCAUCAAUGUCAUUGUUAACCUCCUGAAAGCUGUGAAAGCUAGAGAAAUCAAGACGUAGAAUGGCCGAUGAGCUGGUAACCAUCACUAAUAGGAUUGUGAUGUGACUUGUUUGGCUGGAGGGACGGCUGCUGCUACUCGUUGAAAUAUCUCCAUAGACUCGGUGCGUGUUCAAUCUACCAGAGCUGGGAUGAUCAGAAUCUUCCCGGAUUUCAGCGUUCAGGUGACAGCGGCAGGUGGAGGAGCCGGGGGAAUGCCAUCAGGUCACGCCAUGGGGAGAGUCCCCGGUACAACUAACGGGAACCCGCAGAACGUCCAGGGGAUCACCUCCUAUCAACAAAGGGAAAUUAAAACCCUACACCCUUUCUGCAUGGAGGAAUCAGUGGAGGAGGCCGUAGUUGAUGCCCAAUUCAUGUCCAAAUUUCCCCACGACCCUUACUGGGAGAGGCCUGCUAAUGCCAGCUCCUGUUCUGUCUCUAGGCCCAAGACACUCCACCUUGGAGGAGGGCAACAACAUACCUCAUCGCCAUGGUUGCAGGCUCUGAGGAAGGAGAAGUCCCGGGAUGCAGCUCGCUCGCGGCGAGGGAAGGAGAACUUUGAGUUCUACGAGCUGGCUAAGAUGCUGCCCCUGCCCGGCGCCAUCACCAGCCAGCUGGACAAGGCUUCCAUCAUCCGCCUCACCAUCAGCUACCUUAAGAUGAGGGACUUUGCCAACCAGGGGGACCCACCAUGGAACCUGCGCAUGGAAGGCCCACCGCCCAACACCUCGGUCAAAGCUAUAGGAGAUCAGCGAAGGAGGACUCCCAGUGCGGUAGCCUCAGAGAUCUUCGAGCCACACCUCGGGAGCCACAUAUUGCAGUCCCUGGAUGGAUUUGUAUUUACACUAAACAAGGAGGCAAGGUUUUUGUACAUCUCUGAGACGGUGUCUAUAUACCUGGGUCUUUCACAGGUGGAGCUGACAGGAAGUAGUGUGUUUGACUAUGUCCACCCUGGCGAUCAUGUGGAGAUGGCAGAGCAGCUGGGCAUGAAGCUGCCCCCGGGGCGAGGCCUCCUUUCUCAGGGCACCGCCACCGAGGACGGCGCCAGCUCUGCUUCCUCCUCCUCACACGCAGAGACCCCCGAGCCAGUCGAGUCGACCAGCCCCACCCUGCUUCCCCCAGACAACAUUCUAGAACGCUCCUUCUUCGUCCGUAUGAAGUCCACACUGACCAAGAGAGGUGUCCACAUCAAGUCUUCAGGCUAUAAGGUGAUCCAUGUUACAGGCAGGCUGAGGAUCCGUAUGGCAUUGACCCACAGUCGGUUGGUACCCAUUCAGAUCAUGGGCAUGGUGGUGGUAGCCCACGCCCUCCCCCCCCCCACCAUCAACGAGGUGCGCAUAGACUGCCAGAUGUUUGUCACCAGGGUCCACAUGGACCUCAACAUUGUCUACUGUGAGAAUAGAAUUAGCGACUACAUGGACCUGAUGCCAGUGGACAUCGUAGGGAAGAGGUGCUACCAGUUUAUUCACGCAGAGGAUGUGGAGGGCAUCCGGCACAGCCAUUUAGACUUGAUAAACAAGGGCCAGUGUGUGACCAAGUACUACCGCUGGAUCCAGAAGAACGGUGGGUACAUCUGGAUCCAGUCCAGUGCCACCAUCGCCAUCAAUGCCAAGAAUGGCAAUGAAAAGAACAUAAUCUGGGUCAACUACGUACUCAGUAAUCCAGAGUACAAGGACACGCCCAUGGACAUCGCCCAGCUACCCAACCUUCCAGAGAAAGCCUCAGAGUCUUCAGAGACAUCCGACUCUGAGUCCGAGUCCAAGGACAACUCUGACGACAACGAGAACUCCAAGUGGGACAGGAAGGGGAACCAGACUGAGAACACAGAGGACCCGGAAACAGACAGUAAAAAGCAGCAGCAGGGCCAGUCGUCCUCAGAGCAGGAGAUGAGGCGUCAGGAGGAGGGAGACAGCUCCUCCAACCCAGAGAGCCAGGAGAGCGAGGACGAUCUGGAGCCCAGCGACUGUGAGGUGGAGACCAAGGAGGGCAGACUGGGCCGGCUGGAGGACCUGCACAUCAAGGUGGAGCACUACGGAGAUGGAAACGGAGGGGUGGAGCUGCACGACUCGCCUUCCUCUGAAGAAGAGGAAGAUGAUGAUGACGAUGAGGAAGAUGACGACAGCUUUAAAGACUGUGACAGCGCCACCGAGACUCUCGCCACCCCCGCUGCCAGUAAGCAGCAGAAGCGUAAGAAGAGGAGGAAAAAGCAGAAAUGGGACGGUAGUCGUCCUAAACGUAUGUGCCUCUCCUCUGCCACCCCCAGCUCUAACACCUUUGUUGGGGCUGUCCCCCUCCUGCCGCCCCCCUCCCCUGCCAGUGCCUCUGUGCUCAAGAUCAAAACGGAAAUGUCCGAGCCUAUCAACUUCGACAAUGACAGCAUCAUCUGGAACUACCCACCCAACAGAGAGAUCUCCAGGAACGAGUCUCCCUACAGCAUGACGAAGCCCGUCCCAGCCCACGAUACCUUCCCCUCCCCACAGCCUGGUAGUCUGCAGGCCUCCAUCCCAGACUCAGUGCUCACUCCCCCAGGAACAGAGGGGGGCAGUGGGGGCGCAGGUACCAGGAAGGGCGUACCCCCCUCUUUCAGCGGUUAUAGCAGCGCCCCCUCCUCAGCCUCCAGCGCCGCCAGCCUGGCCCCUCCCUCUGGCUCUGGGUCAUCCUCCGACCCCCUGUCCCCGCCCCUCUCGGCCUCGCCGCGCGACAACCAGCAAUGUCAGAGCACCCCCACCACGUCCGGCUCCUCCCUGCUGUACACCGGCGACUUGGAGUCCCUGCAGAGGCUGCAGGCCGGGAACGUGGCGCUUCCGCUGGUCCAACGUGUCACCGGCACCCUCGCCACGACCAGCACUGCUGCCUCACGGGUCUACACCACUGGCACCAUCCGCUACGCCCCCGCCGACGUCACUCUGGCCAUGCAGGCAGGCGCCAACCUGCUGCCCAACAAUGUGGCCCACGCUAUGAACUUUGUGGAUGUCAACGGUAGCCCCAGCUUUGGCAUCGACCCCAAGACACCCAUGGAGAUGCUGUAUCAUCAUGUCCACCGGCUCAACAUGGCUGGCCCUUUUGGGGGUACCAUGUCCGGCGCCAGUCUCACCCAGAUGCCAGCAGCCAAUGUAUUCACCACGGCAGAGGGACUGUUCUCUACUCUUCCAUUCCCUGUCUACAGUAACGGGAUACACACCACACAAACUCUGGAGCGCAAAGAAGAUUAGAGCAAAACGCCAAGACCAUAUUACUGUGUUCAACUGUCAAAGACUCUUUGAGGUAUAAGACUGUGUUUCAAGUGGAAAAUAAAUAUAUUCUAGCAUUUUGAAUUUGAGCAAUUGAGCUUGAGUACUAGAAAUUAAUGGCUCCUUGUCUUUCUAUCCUUUUCUCUCUCUCUAUUGACUCCCAUUCUAUCAAUCUCUCGUCCUCUUCCUACUCCUCUUACAGUACUAUCAAUUAUAUUUUCUCUGAUCAAACUAAACUGACUAUUGUUAAUUGUAAAGAAUUCAUUUUUGCCUACAGAGAAUUCAUAUUACCGUUGGUCUCCUACUGGAGUCUGGGGUAAACUACUUUUUAUUUGAGUUGAUUAUGUUGCAUCUUUAUGAAGAUGUCUAGUGUAUUUAAAGAGUGAUGGUGGAAGAUAUAUUUCUAUGGAAAGAAACCCUUGGAUGGUUUUGCUUCAUAUCUUGAUGUGAUCAAGGUUGACUAUGACAAAGGGAUGUUACUCUGUUUGACAUUGUCAUAGAAAUAACCUUAAGAAAUACGUUUUAAGGUUGGAUCAUAAUAAGGGUAUAGUAGUUUAUUUUAUCAUUCAUUUUGUUUAUUUUUUAUAGAACAGAUUUAACUUUCAAAUCAAGCAUUAAAAAGCAAUUUUAGCAGGGUAUUAUCCUGUGAAUAGAAUGUUAUAAAUCCCAGGACUUUGGAACAAGUACAGGUCGGUGUGAGAAACAAGUAUUCCCCCGGUUCCAUUUCCUUGGUUAUGUCUCAAAUGGCACCCUGUUCCCUAUUUAUUGCAUUACUUUUGACCAGGGCCCAUAGGGCUCUGGUCAAAAGUAGUGCACUAUUUAGGGAAUAGGAUGCCAUUUGGAAUGCACUCAUCAUCUGCAGAUCCAUGGUGCUACUGUUCCAUCAAGUUACUACCCUCCUUCAGGCUGAUGUAGGUUCUUCUGUUCCACAGCUCUCUCACAGAGAUGAGUGAUUGAGUGACAGCUGGGGAGUCAAACCUCUAAUCAACAUAGUUUCGUGUUCAUUACUACUCCCCUCAGUCAAGUUCAAGGGCUCAAUCAGAUUGGGCCUGAAGCAGGUUAUGGAGCAGGUUGAUUUUGUUUGUAUUUUUUGAAAACUAGAUCACUUUCUAGUCUCAGUGUAACAGAGGCUAAUUUGCAUCAUUAACUUGAAAAAUGAAUGUUUAACUUUGACUGGCUUCUGUCAGUUGUUUUUUCUACUCUACCCUUCCUCUUUCUUUUACAUCCUAAACCUCACUACUAUCAACGUCAGUCUCCCAAAUCCGUUCUUCCAUCAGCCAUUGUCCGAUUCCUGAAAUCACAUAUCAAGGAGAUUGUAAUAAAGACAUGUGUUUCAAUCAAAAUGGAAUAUGUUUUUGGAAAAAUCACAUUCCCUAAUUUUUCUCUGUUGCCAAAAAAGUUAUCUCACAGUUUGGUGUUAAGAACACUGUGAUUGCUGUUUAAAAAAAUGUAAUAAAAUGGAAAAACUGUCACUUCAUCUUUUGACAGCCGUCCAUCAAGUAAUCUAUUACUAAGCGUGAUAACCGUAAACGUGUACAAUGUGUAAGUGUCACUGGCUGUCAGUCUCCAUAGCGAUUUCAGUGUGUGUUACUAUAUGCAGUGUUACUGAGCUGAUGUAACUGUUUUGUCCUUUGUCUUCUCUGUGCUUUAUCUGUAGUCUGGGGUUGGACAGGGAACGUGUGUAACCCUCUCCUUCUCCUCUGCAGUCUUAGUGGACCCGUGGAGGUUAGUGGAUUUCGUGUGGUGGCCUUCCAAUGUAGCGUCACCUUUUGCUGCUUCCUUCUGUCUGUAUUUCUUUCUGUUUCUGCUGUUGCUUUGCUGUUGUGUAGUCUACAGACCUCUCUUUCUCUCAGAGAUAAAAGACUCUUAACUAGCUCAAAGGUUUAAGGAGCCAUUUUUUGCCAUUGAGGAAUUCUGGGUUUACAGUUUCCAGCUUGCAUUUACCUACCCUAUGAAAAAUUACGACAAAAAGCUAAAGUAGCAUUUAGAUGUAUCUUCUAGACUGGAACCAUAAAAGCCUCAGUUGUGAAACAUUCCCAGAGUCCCUUGUGCUUCUUGUAUGCAUUGGGUGUAUUUCAUUGGUUUCCACCAAACCUGUUGACUUCAAGGACCAUGCAACUCACAGGACAAAAAGAUGAUGGUAGUAUUUCAGGACAAUAAACAAUUUUAAAGAUUUCUAAAGAAAUGAAAAUAAAAAAUAUUUCGCACUAUAAAUCUAUUUUUAUAGAUGUUUUGGAAAUGCAUGUUUACUAAGUUGAUUGUUAGUUUACUUGAUUUCAUUCGGUCCAGCAGCUUUGUCUCAACGUUCAGUGUUUUUUAGUCUGUCCAACAAAGGGAGGGGGAGCCUUUGUCUUUUGAACUGAAUCAGGCUACUCCCCUACAUCAGGAAACAGUGUCUGUAGUUUCUGUGUAGAUGUGUUGUUAAUCAAAUCCAGGUCAUGAAAUAAAUGUAAGAAAAAUAAUAAACAAUGAACGUUUGGGGUUGGUUGAUUGGAAUGCUGGAAUGGUUGCAGGGGACCUUGGUGUCACCACUUGAGAUUGAUUCUAUCCUAGAUGUUAGUGUUUUCUAAGAUGAAGCGAAGCGGGAUGAGACUGUCGGGUCGGGGGCACAGCUCACUUAAAACAGACACUGUGGACGGACCAGGAAAUACACCCAUAUGUUACAACAGAACAGCAGGAUGAGCUGUUUUAAUGUCUCUGUGUUGUGUCUAAAUGAAUUGCUGGUGAUUUCAACUUAAACUAAUCUCAGCUACUGUCGGAUACAUAGUGUUUAAAGUUUAAAUAUGAAAAAUGACUUCAUUACCUGUGAAGACUGUGUCUGUGUUUUUAACAAUUUCUUGUACAAUUAUACAGAUUAUUUUAAGAGAAACCAAGUAGAUGAAUACUACAGGAGAAGGGGAUUCUCUUAGUAUCAAUGUUAACAGUGUUAUAAAUUCUAAAUACAAACAAAUUAAAAUAUUAAAAAGAGAACUAUGGUACAUUUAUUAUUUAAUUAGUUUUAUUUUUUAUUUUUGAAGAAAAACAACAACUAACUGAAGCUAACUUUGAGUGCCUGGCUUAUUUUGUAUAUAUUUUUUUUUUAAACAUUUUUAUUUCCAUUUUUUAAUAAUGCUGCAAUUUCAGAAAUGUACAUACUUCAUUUUACAACAGGGUUAUUUUAUACUUUUGUAGGUUUCCAUUUGUUCAAAUAAACCUGUCAUCAUCAUCCAUGGUUGUUUUCUGUCUGUAACACUUUUUUUUACCAUCUAACAGGUGCCAUAUUCAUAAUAAACUUCUCAAAGAUUUGUUAAUAUCUGGCAUACUUUAUUUAAUGUUCAGCCAUGUCAAUGAAGGCUCCACACCUCAGUAAGCUGCCUCAGUUUUUCUUUCUUUCUGCCUUUCUUUUCUGAUCUUGCUUGAAAAAAGUGAUACUGGUCUAAUGCUUUUCCUAGUUGGAAUCUGUGUACAUUGCUGGGACAUCCAUUCAGGUACUGUAUGUUCACACUUAACAAUCCUGCCAUAAUGGUAGCUAUGUCAGACCACAGUCUGGGUUCAUUCCCCUCCAAUCAGAAUACUUUGGUCAUUAUUUAAUGUAGUCUGAUUGGUCACAUCAUUAAUCAGAGGGCAGCUAGUACUGGUUGUUAGAGUACAGUGAUUUAACUCACAUUGUCACUUAGAUAAAAGCACACACAGUAUUAUGUUAGCUCACCCAUGGAUAAAAUAACAUUACUGUGAUCAUGUGUGAAAUACUUUAACAGGAUAAAUUAACCGACUAUCAUCACAUGGAACAACACUCACACACGCAUCAUCUUGGACGGACAAUCUUACGAUCUUGUCAAUAUCAUUGUGGUAUAAUACCAGUUUAAAGCGGAAACUGUCUUUCAAACUAUGCCCUCUACAAUGUUUUGUCUCUCAUUUUGUUUGCCCAGUAUCAUGCAUAGAGAGACGUCUAGUGUAAAUGCAUCGAAAACAAUGAGGUCUUAAGAAAUGACAUAGUUAUCUGCAGAUACGUUUGAUUUGAGUAAUGAGUCAACCAUUAGACUAAGGCACCAAGCAGAAGAAAAUGUGUAAAAAAAAAAUGUGAACACUUUCCCCAGAUAUUGCAGACAAGGCCUGUCUAGAAAAAGGAUGCCCAAGCCAUCAAAUGUCUCUCUAUUGGUGUUUUUUUAAUGAGCAUAAUCUGUUAAUAUAAUUUAUCAUAAUGUGAUAAAUGACUAACUACAUCUGUAAUAAAUGCAGUAAAUGAUAUGAUCA